GGUGCUUUUUGUGUAUGGGAAAUGUCUGAAAUAAAAGAAAUAUUGGGGGAUAAAAAUUCAGAUAUUUUUUGUUGGCAUUACGACGUAAAAUCGGAUGGCAAUGUUGACCCCAAUAAAGAUAUCCAAGGAGAGUUGAAGCUUAAGAAUGUCUUAAUUGAACGACACACAUUAGAAAAGACGGCAGAACAUUUCGAUAUUACGUUAGAUCAGCUUGUAGAGAUUCUUUCAGAAUCACGGCAGAAACUUGCAAAGUAUCGUUCUGAAAAGAGGCCUAAACCACAUCGUGACGAUAAAAUUUUGGCAGCAUGGAAUGGUUUAAUGAUUUCUGGUCUUGCUAAAGCUUAUGAUGCACUUCGUGAUAAAAAAUUUUUGGAUCUUGCAGAAGGUGCAGCAAAAUUUUUGAAAGAAAAAAUGUAUAUACCUGAGAAGAAUGUUUUGUUAAGAAGUUUUAGAGAAGGUGCCAGUGAUGUUGAAGGGUUUGCUGACGAUUACAGUUACUUGAUCGAUGGAUUGCUAUGCCUUUAUCAAUCUUCCUUUAACGAAUCAUAUCUUACAUGGGCCAUUGAUUUGCAAGAUAAGCAAAAUCAAUUAUUUUAUGAUGGAGAGUCUGGUGCAUAUUUUAAUGUUAAAGAGGGUGCCCGUGAUAUAUUGUUGAGACUGAAAGAUGAUUACGAUGGCGCAGAACCUUCCUCAAAUUCUGUUUCAGUUAGCAAUUUAAUUUUGCUUGGUAACAUAAUCAAUAACCCUGAUUACAUUUCUAAAGCUGAAAAGACAUUGGAAUAUUUUGCGGGAAGAUUAAAUUCAAUUCCAUAUUCAAUGUGUACAAUGGCCGCUAGUUUGAUGUUACAAAUGAAAGGCACUAAACAGAUAAUGGUUGUUGGACGAGAACAAAAUCCGAUCGUUCAGAAAUUUAUUGAGGUCAUUCGUGAUCGAUUUAUCCCUAAUAAGGUUUUACUUUUAGUAAGACCCGAAAACAAACUUUUAAUGGAAAAAAAUGAAUUGGUAAAAACUAUAGUACAAAAUGAAUUUACUGAUUUCUCAAAGAUAGAAACAGAAGAUAAAGCUCCAUCGGUGCAUAUAUGUGAAAACUUCACUUGUG